AUGUCCAUCAUUGUGCCUACUGCGCCCAUUACUCCUCCAAUGGAGUCUACUGGUAGCCGCCUUUUUAUGCUGGAACUCCAAGACGGCACUUCUCUUCAAGGCUACUCCUUUGGUGCUCCAGUCGCCGCCGCUGGUGAACUCGUAUUCCAGACGGGUAUGGUGGGUUAUCCAGACUCGGUGACCGAUCCCUCCUACGAGGGCCAAAUCCUGGUCAUCACUUACCCUCUUGUUGGUAACUACGGUGUUCCUGAUCGUAACCUCAUGGAUGAGUACGUUGAAACCUUGCCCAGAUAUUUUGAGAGUAACAGGAUCCAUAUUGCAGGUUUGGUCGUUGCGCACUAUACAGAGGAUUACUCUCACUGGCUUGCCAAAUCGUCUCUUGGCGCUUGGCUCAAAGAACAGUGUAUCCCUGCUGUCUACGGUGUUGACACAAGAGCUCUUACCAAGCACUUGAGAGACGCUGGUUCUAUGCUUGGGCGUCUCGCGCUGCAGAAAGAAAACAGCGACGCUGACCGUGCAGCCAGUGCCGAAUGGCGUGAAGCUUUCGAUGUUCCCGACUGGAUCGACCCUAACGUGCAAAAUUUGGUAGCCAAAGUCUCUAUUAAAGAGCCUGUUCUUUACGAGCCUCCAACUGACCACGAGGGUAUCACUCUACAAAAGGGGCCCGACGGUAAAGUACUCAGAAUUCUUGUCGUUGACGUCGGUAUGAAGUACAAUCAGAUCCGCUGUUUUGUCAAGCGAGGCGUCGAGUUGCUUGUGGUCCCCUGGGACUACGACUUUACUCAAGAUGAGUACGAUGGUUUAUUCAUUUCCAACGGUCCAGGUGAUCCUUCCGUUCUCUCUGAGCUUACAGAAAGGCUGUCAAUUGUUAUCGAAUCCAAGAAGUCCCCUAUUUUUGGUAUCUGUUUGGGUCAUCAAUUGUUGGCCCGUGCUUCCGGUGCUUCAACCCUUAAGUUAAAGUUUGGUAACAGAGGUCAAAACAUCCCGUGUACUUCCGCAAUUUCAGGUAAGUGCUACAUUACUUCGCAAAACCAUGGUUUUGCUGUUGACGUUAACAGCUUGACCGAAGGCUGGAAACCACUUUUCACGAACGCCAAUGACGGCUCUAAUGAAGGUAUUUACAAUACUAAAUUGCCUUAUUUCUCGGUUCAAUUUCACCCGGAAUCCACGCCGGGGCCACGGGACACCGAAUUCUUGUUUGACGUCUUCAUCAAGUCUGUGAAAGAUUUCAAAUUCAACAAGCAGCUUAAGGCUGUAGAGUUCCCUGGAGGCAAGAUCGAUGAAAACUUGACUGCUCACCCAAGAGUUGAGGCUAAAAAGGUUUUAGUUCUUGGAUCAGGUGGGUUGUCCAUUGGUCAAGCAGGCGAAUUUGAUUAUUCUGGUUCUCAAGCUAUCAAAGCUUUGAAGGAAGAGGGAAUAUACACAAUUCUUAUCAACCCUAAUAUCGCUACGAUUCAAACCUCUAAGGGACUUGCUGACAAAGUCUACUUUCUACCGGUGACACCAGAGUUUGUGAGGAAGGUAAUUCUACAUGAACGUCCUGAUGCCAUCUACGUCACCUUUGGAGGUCAAACAGCCUUGUCGGUCGGAAUUGCCAUGAAAGAUGAGUUCGAGACGCUAGGCGUCAAAGUUUUGGGUACCCCUAUUGAUACCGUUAUUACUACUGAGGACCGGGAGCUUUUUGCCAACGCCAUGGAUGAGAUUAACGAAAAGUGCGCCAAGUCUAAGGCUGCGGCCUCUGUGCAAGAGGCGUUGGAUGCCGUAAAGGACAUCGGAUACCCUGUAAUCGUGAGGGCUGCCUAUGCCCUUGGUGGUUUGGGUUCUGGAUUCGCUUCCAAUGACAAAGAACUCGUAGAUUUGUGCAACAUCGCGUUCGCCUCCUCUCCUCAAGUUCUGGUAGAGAGAUCCAUGAAGGGGUGGAAAGAAGUGGAAUAUGAGGUUGUCCGCGAUGCAUUUGACAACUGUAUUACUGUCUGUAAUAUGGAAAAUUUUGAUCCCCUGGGAAUUCACACAGGUGAUUCCAUUGUCGUUGCGCCCUCUCAAACUCUAUCGGACGAAGAUUACAACAUGCUAAGAACGACAGCAGUAAAUGUGAUUCGUCAUUUAGGUGUGGUUGGUGAAUGUAACAUCCAAUAUGCCUUAAACCCCUUCAGCAAAGAAUAUUGCAUCAUCGAAGUCAACGCCCGUUUAUCUCGUUCAUCCGCGCUAGCAUCAAAAGCAACUGGUUAUCCGCUUGCCUACACGGCCGCGAAGCUGGGUUUGAACAUCCCGCUUAAUGAGGUUAGAAACUCUGUCACCCAAUCAACUUGUGCUUGUUUUGAACCAUCUUUGGAUUACUGCGUUGUUAAAAUGCCAAGAUGGGAUUUAAAGAAGUUCACGAGAGUAUCUACCCAAUUAUCAUCGUCAAUGAAAUCUGUUGGUGAAGUUAUGAGUGUUGGUAGAACUUUUGAAGAAGCAAUGCAAAAGGCUAUUCGCUCGACCGAAUAUGCCAAUCUUGGUUUUAACGAAACCGAAGGGGACCUCGACAUCGAUUACGAAUUGACUCAUCCUUCUGAUAUGCGCAUUUUCGCUAUAGCAAAUGCCUUUUCGAAGCUUGAUUACUCGGUCGAAAAAGUGUGGUCAAUGACGAACAUUGAUAAGUGGUUUUUGAACAAGUUAUAUGAUCUCAUUCAGUUUGUUCGCAAGAUCGAAUCUUAUAGUGUUAAGGAAAAUCUGCCUUUUGCACUCUUGAAGCAAGCAAAGCAGUUGGGUUUUGACGACAGACAGAUUGCGAAGUUUUUGAACUCGAACGAAGUAGCAAUUCGUCGUUUGCGUAAGGAGCAUGGCAUUGUUCCUUUUGUCAAACAAAUUGAUACAGUGGCCGCCGAGUUUCCCGCGCACACCAAUUACCUAUACAUGACUUACAAUGCCGCCGCUCAUGACCUUGACUUCAAUGAUCAUGGUGUAAUGGUCUUAGGUUCUGGUGUCUACCGUAUUGGAUCUUCAGUGGAAUUUGACUGGUGUGCGGUCACUGCCGUUCGUACUUUGAGGAAAAACAAUAUCAAGACUAUUAUGGUCAAUUAUAAUCCGGAAACCGUUUCUACAGAUUAUGAUGAGGCUGAUAGACUAUAUUUUGAAACCAUCAACUUGGAGAGAGUAUUGGACAUAUAUGAAGCUGAAACCUCCGCUGGUGUAGUUGUGUCGAUGGGCGGACAGACAUCCAAUAACAUUGCAAUGUCACUCCACCGUGAAAAUGUCAAGAUUCUGGGUACAACACCGGAAAUGAUCGAUUCGGCGGAGAAUAGAUACAAGUUUUCUCGUAUGCUUGAUCAGAUUGGUGUUGACCAACCGGCUUGGAAGGAGUUGACUUCUAUAGACGAAGCAGAGUCGUUUGCAGAAAACGUGGGCUACCCUGUUUUGGUUCGCCCAUCUUACGUUUUGUCAGGUGCCGCUAUGAAUACGGUCUACUCCAAAGAUGAUCUUGCCUCCUAUCUUAACCAGGCCGUCGAAGUUUCUCGAGACUAUCCCGUCGUUAUCACCAAAUAUAUUGAGAACGCCAAAGAGAUCGAAAUGGACGCUGUUGCAAAAGACGGUGAGCUUGUAAUGCAUGUCGUUUCUGAACAUGUAGAGAAUGCAGGUGUUCAUUCUGGUGAUGCUACAUUGAUCGUGCCACCACAGGAUCUUGACCCCGAAACGGUUAACAGAAUCGUUGUUGCAACGGCAAAGAUUGCAACUGCCUUGAAGAUUACUGGUCCAAUGAACAUUCAAUUUAUCGCUAAGAACAAUGAUAUCAAAGUCAUUGAGUGUAAUGUACGGGCUUCUCGUUCCUUCCCAUUUAUUUCAAAAGUAGUGGGUGUUAACCUGAUUGAGAUGGCAACAGAAGCCGUGGUCGGACUACCGGUCAAGCCUUACCCAACGGAAAAAUUGCCAGACGAUUAUGUUGCUAUCAAGGUACCACAGUUUUCUUUCCCUAGAUUAGCUGGUGCGGAUCCAGUGUUGGGCGUUGAAAUGGCUUCUACUGGUGAAGUCGCCUGUUUUGGUCACUCGAAAUAUGAAGCUUAUUUGAAAUCUCUUCUUUCCACGGGCUUCAAAUUGCCAAAGAAAAACAUUCUUCUGUCAAUCGGUUCUUUCAAAGAAAAACAAGAAAUGUUGCCAUCUGUCAAGAAACUUUAUAACCUCGGCUUCAAAUUAUUUGCAACAGCCGGUACUGCUGAUUUCAUCUCUGAGCAUGGUAUUCCCGUGCAAUACUUGGAGGUGUUAAGUGAAGGAGAUGAAAAAUCCGAAUAUUCGCUGACGCAACACUUAGCAAACAACAAAAUUGACCUAUACAUCAAUCUUCCAUCUGCUAACAGAUUCCGCCGUCCUGCCUCUUAUGUGUCGAAGGGUUAUAGGACACGUCGUAUGGCUGUUGACUAUUCAGUUCCUCUCGUCACUAACGUGAAGUGCGCAAAGCUACUUAUUGAAGCUCUGUCCAGACAUUUACAACUCGACGUUUCUGAGCGUGAUGCACAAACCUCUCACAGGACGGUCACAAUUCCGGGCCUGAUCAAUGUUUCGGCCUACAUCCCCAAUGUCUCCAACGUUGUCAAGGGACCUGCCGAAAUGAAGGAAAUCACAAGAGUUUCUGCCGAAUCGGGUUUCACGUACUCUCAGAUUAUGCCCAAGUCAACUCGCGGACCUGUUAUAACAAACGAAAAAUCUUUAGCUGCUGCCCGUUCAGUUGUGAAAGACUCUGCAUACACAGAUUUCGCUUUCACCGUUGCGGCUACAGCUCAUAACUUGAACGAGAUAGCCGAAUGUGCUCAGGAAGCCAACGCUUUAUUUAUUCCCUACAGGGAAUUGUCCAACAAAGUUUCCAUGGUGGCUGAUCAUUUGAAAAAUUGGCCGGUCGAGAAACAAGUUAUCGCAGAAGCCAAAACUUCGGAUUUGGCGUCUGUGAUACUGCUGGCCUCACUCCAAAACAGGGCCAUUCACAUUACCGGUGUCUGUCACAAGGACGAUCUUGCUUUGAUCAAAACUGUCAAAGAAAAGCAAAGCAAAGUAACUUGUGACGUUAACGUGCACGCUCUGUUUGUUAGCCAGGAAGACUAUCCUGAGGCUCUGUUCCUACCAACUCUAGAAGACCAGGAGUUCUUGUGGAAUAACUUAGACGUGAUUGAUGCCUUCUCGGUAGGUUCUUUACCUACCGCGUUGGCGGAUGUCACUGGCAACAAAGUAGUCACCGGUAUCGGUAUCAAAGAAGCGCUCCCAUUGCUUCUAUCAGCUGUUAAUGAGGGAAAACUUUCGAUUGACGACAUAGUUGAGAGAUUACACGACAAUCCGGCGCAAAUAUUCAACAUUCCCAAGCAAAAUGCGGUUGUCGAGAUUGACUUAGAUUUCACUUUCAGACACACCAAAAGAUGGUCUCCAUACACCAAGGGUGGCUUGACUGGCGGCGUUGAACGUGUUUUGGUAAACGACGAGACUAUAGUUUUAAGUGGAGAUCUAGUCACUGCGGAAGCCAAUGGCAAAUCAUUGACCAAUACACUUAGUAAACAAAGUUUGACGACAUCAACACCCAGUGCAGAGACGCCAACACCUUUCUCAUCCUCUAGAAAGAGGUUUUCUUUCUCUAAUGAGAAGCGUUCGUCCGUUGCUGCCAUUGAAGAUGAUGAGGAAGCUUUGCUUGAUCAGCCUCUAGAGCAAAGAUUAAUGUCUUCAAGACCUCCAAAAGAGCUUGCAGCUCCAGGUGCAAUUUACAGUUUGAUUCGCGGCAACAAUCCGUUUUUGCGCAGAAAUAUCUUAUCUGUCAAUCAAUUCAAGCGUUCAGAUUUUCAUGCACUAUUUGCUGUCGCGCAGGAAUUGAGAUCGGCUGUAGAGAGAGAGGGUGUUUUAGAUAUCAUGAAGGGUCGUGUUCUAACAACACUCUUUUAUGAACCAUCUACACGUACUUCUUCCUCUUUCAUUGCUGCUAUGGAGCGGCUGGGUGGCAGAACAGUCAAUGUUAAUACCACUUCAUCAUCCGUUAAAAAAGGUGAGACUUUACAGGACACCAUAAGAACGAUGGCAUGCUAUUCUGAUGCUAUUGUCUUGCGUCACCAUGACGAGAUGUCCGCCCACACUGCGGCGAAAUACUCUCCCGUUCCUAUUCUGAAUGGUGGUAACGGCUCUCGCGAGCACCCUACUCAGGCGUUCCUUGACCUAUUCACCAUUCGUGAGGAGUUGGGUACCGUGAAUGGUAUCACAGUGACCUUUAUGGGCGAUUUAAAGUACGGUAGGCCGGUACAUUCCCUCUGCCGUUUACUGCGUCACUACCAAGUCAGAAUUAAUUUGGUAUCUCCAAAUGAACUGAGACUACCACAGGCUCUCCGUAAAGAGCUAUCAAACGCAGGUCUUCUCGGUGUGGAAAGUGAAAUAUUGACUCCAGACAUCAUCUCUAGAUCCGAUGUUCUGUACUGCACCAGGGUUCAACAGGAGAGAUUUGAACACCCUGAGGAGUACGAACGUCUAAAGGACGUUUACAUCGUUGAUAACAAAAUUCUCUCUCAUGCAAAGGACCACAUGGUUGUGAUGCAUCCACUACCCAGAGUGAACGAGAUUCGCGAAGAAGUUGACUACGAUCAUCGUGCCGCGUACUUCAGACAAAUGCGUUACGGUAUGUUCGUGAGGAUGGCGCUUCUUGCCAUGGUAAUGGGUGUCGACUUGUGA